AUGUCAAAAAAUACUCGCUCGAGUUUGGAUUUACACGCAACUCCUAUCUCCGAACUACAAUACAAGUCUUCUCGUCAACAAAUGAAAGAUGAAUUACAACUUGAACAAAUUAUUCAUGAUAAAUUUACUAGACAUUCAGACAAUGGUGAUGCUGAAAAGUGGCUAUCCCAGACAGUUACACAAUUUAAACAAUAUGAAUUAUCAACAUCCGAUCAACUUCAAGCUUUACCAUAUUUAUUAGAAGAUAUAGCUUAUCUGUGGUAUGUAGAACAUAUGGAUUUAAUCACCAGUUUUGAAUCAUUUAAUAAAUUAUUUCUUCAACAAUUUUCAUCUACAUCAUCAACAGUGCGAAGUAAUACUCCCACUGAAACGGUUAUGCCGUCAGUUGUUGCUUCUAGUUCUUUACUCACAUCACAUUUACAACGAACAAUCACCGAUGAAAUUAUAAAAAAACCAACAUAUUUUUCUGGUUCAAAAGAUGAUGUUCAUGAUUGGUUAGAUAAACUGGAGCAACGUUUUAAAAUGGCAAAGUGGAAUAAUGAAGAAAAAUUACAGUAUAUUUCAGUACAUUUACAAGAUGAUGCAUAUCGAUGGUGGAUACAAUCAUCUAUGACGAUUAAAACAUGGUCAUCAUUUACUGAAGCUGUUAAACAAGCUUUUGGAUCAACAAAAGUACAAGAAUUAGCCUUUGAACAAUUAAAAUGGUAUAAACAAUCAGUUAAUCAAUCUAUUGCUCAAUAUUAUAAUACAAUUAUAGAAUUAUGUAUGAGAACUGAUCCGAAUAUGUCUGAUUCUAUGAAGUUAAAUUAUCUAAUAGGCGGUGUAAAAGAAUCUUUAAAAUUACAUAUUGCUUUAUAUGAUCCACAAACAAUUGAAUCAUUUUUAUCAUAUGCAAGGAAAAUAGAAGAUACAUUAUCUUUUAUUAAAAAUGAUUAUACAGUGAAUCAACAUAAUGAAUCAGAAGAUGUUAAUACAUGUCAACAAUCAUUAUCACCAAUAGCUACUCUUCACGACCAAAUUGAACACGAUGGACGCGAACAUGUUCAACAUGCACAACAAAAAUUUUCUGAUAUAAAUGGUGAGAAUAAUUCAAGUCAUAAGCAUUCUUUUAAUUCUAGUCAGUCACGUUAUGCAACAUCAGAAAAGUCUUCAAGUAUUUGCUAUACAUGUGCUACGCAAGAUGGUGUUGCUUCCUGUUAUAUUAGUUCAAAUCCAUCUUCAAGUGAAUCACCAUUAUUAGUUAUCACAACACUUAUUAAUGAUAAAUAUAUGAAAGCUAUGAUAGAUAUGGGUACAACUCACACAUUUAUUUCAACGAAAACAUUAUUUAAAAUACGUAAUCAGCAAUUUAUUAAUUCGAUGCAUCGUCAAGUAUUUUUUAUCCAUGAAAAUAUACCUUUUCCUAUUUAUGGUGAAAUGACCUUAUCGAUUAAAAUGGGUGACAUGUUGACUUCAAUUCGAGCAUUUAUUAUAAAAGAAUUAUGUGUUGAUUGUAUAUUAGGUAUGGAUUUUAUUAAUAAAUAUAAAUUACAUAUUAAUCUGGAAGACCAAACAAUGUCGAUUGUUGAUAAAAUUAAACGAUCAAAAUUACAUAUUGAUGUUAAUGAUGGGCAACUCCGUGUGCCGGUGCGCUUGGUCAACAAUAUUCGAAUUCAACCAAAACAGACUGUUUUUGUUCCAGUCUCGGUUCCAUUGUCAUUAUAUAAAGUGUUAUUUCGACCAUCGUUUAAUUUACAACAACAAACAUGUUUAGCAAUGUCAAGUUCAUCAAUAUCUGUUAAUGAUUAUACUUCUUUUAUCUCUCUUUAUAAUCCGAAAAGUUAUUCGCAAAUGUUACCCAAAGGAAUUAUUUUGGGAACAACAACAAUUUCUACAUUACUAUUGAAGAAUAUUUCUACUAUUAACAAACAAUCAAUGUAUAAAAAUCCAAACAAUUCAUUUCAUCCAAACUCGAAAGUAAUGUUCGGCAAAAUUAAUAAAACUUAUUCGAAACGUAAUAGGCAACCGCUGGAUACGGCGUCUGUUGCUGAAAAAAUUUGUGACCAAAUCGGUUCUAUUUUUACAUGUCCAAAAAACAAACCAACUAUAUACAAA